AUUCGAUCGCCGGGUGAGCUCAAAAAUGGCCUACCGCCCGCUAAGCCAACACGGCGGCAGCACGUCGCACGAUUCGAUUCAAUACGAAAGCGUCGAAUUUGUAACGUACGACGCUCGCUUCACCAAGGGCGACCUGUCCCACCUCCAAGGUGACAUAGCUCCACCGACGUUCGCUCCGUGUGGAUGCGGUCCAACGACGUUUUCAUGGCGCAACAAGAUGAUUUCGCUGACCAAGUGGCUGUUGACGCUACUCAUUGGCGUCGCCACCGCCCACGUCGCCGUGCUCAUCAACCUCGCCACUUCUAGCCUCGUGUCGUGGAAGUUUCACACCCUCCAAGCCCUGCUAGUACAAGAGGCACAAGGCACGUCCAUGCACGGAAUGGGCGUCCUUUUUCUCGUGGCGUGCAAUGCGUGGUGUGUCGGCAUCGCCAGCCUGCUCACGACAUUUUGGGCGCCGGCAUCUGCAGGCUCGGGCAUUCCAGAGAUCAAGAGCACGUUGAACGGUGUGCAUGUCAAAGUGUGGAUGAGUAUGGAUACGCUGGUGUGCAAGAUCGUAGGGGUCAUCCUCUCCGUGUCUGGGGGGUUGCCCGUUGGCAAAGAAGGGCCAAUGAUUCACAGCGCGUCCAUCAUCGGCGCAUUUUUCUCGUCCAAACGGUCGUACCAGGGCUGUGGGUGGCGUCCAGUGGUGUUCCUUCAAGAAAAAGACGUGCGGGACUUGGUCACGUGCGGCGCCGCGGCAGGCGUGGCGGCGGCGUUUGGGGCCCCCAUCGGAGGUGUGUUGUUUGCACUGGAAGAAGGCGCGUCGUUCUUGUCCCCCAAGCUCAUCUGGCGAGCAUUCUUUUGCGCCAUGGUGGCGGCGUGCGUCGUGUUUGGGUCGUCGCUGGCGUCGUUUUCUGAAACGGCCAGCAAAUCGUCGCUGUUUGCAUUUGGGAAAAUGGUCGACCCGACAGUCGACCGAGCGUCGUAUUUGCCGUGGGAGCUAGUCGUGUUUAUGGCCAUUGGGGCGGUGGGUGGCGUCUUGGGCGCCAUUUUCAAUCAAAUCAACAAAUGUAUCAUGUAUCGGACGCAACUGCGUCAACUACCUCUGCCCCUCAAAGUCGUAUAUGUGAUGGGGGUGUCGGUGGGGCUCAGUGUCGUGUGGUACUUCCUCUCGGCUUUCAUCGGCACGUGUCAGACCAUGCCCCCCGCGAUUUCCACCACAGAAAAAGCUCGUCUGGUCAACCACUUGGUCCCGUUCACAUGCCCCUCGGGUCAGUACAACGACUUGGCAAGUCUCUUUCUCGCCCCGCAGGACGCUGCCCUCAAACAGCUGCUGCACCUCCAAAGUACGCUGGCGUCCCCGCCCACGUUUACCACAUCCAGCUUGGUUGCGUUUGCCUUUUGUUACUUUUUGGGCACGGCAAUGGUGUUUGGGUCCAGCAUUACGUCGGGUGUGUUUGUGCCUUGCAUUCUUGUUGGAGCGGCCCUUGGACGGGUGGCAGGGCGAUGGAUGCACUCGGACGAAUUGAAUUUUGUCAACUUGAGCACGUAUGCACUGGUGGGGGCUGCGGCGGUGAUGGGGGGCGUCACGCGCAUGACUAUUUCGCUGGCCAUUAUACUUCUCGAGGCCACUGGGGAUUUACAGUACGCGCUGCCGCUGAUGAUGGCCCUCAUGCCGGCGCGAUGGGUCGGCAACUUGUUCAGCGAGGGGUUGUAUGAGGUCCAUAUCCACUGCCGGCGCCUUCCGUUCUUGGAUUGGAGUCCACCGAAAGGCGCAGAACACAUGAGUGUGACUCUGGUUAUGAAGCCAGAGCCAGUGAGCUGCUUUGGCAAGGUCAUAUCCAUCGUCCUCUGCAUGAACGAUUGGCAUGAUGGUAAUAUGGACAUGUGUAGAGAGAGCGAGUGGGGACGCUCUUGGCCGAGCUGGAGCUACACCCGCAACAAAUGUGCUGGGCUGUGGUCGAACGCCGAUACGACUUGCACACUGGACAGCCCGAAAAAGUGCUGGAAGGCACGAUUCAACGGAAUGUGCUGGUGCGGUUGCUCCACCAAAAGGCAACGUGGAACCCAUUUUCGUGUGCCGACCACGAAAGUGACCGCACGAAUGUGCAUGUCCUGGAAUCCGACCACGAAGAUGCCGUUCCGCUGGACAUGUCCAAGUUCUCGGUGGCGGAUCGGGAGUGCUUUGUGAACCUCGAGUUCUAUGUGAACCCGUCUCCAGGGCUGAUCAACGUGGAGGCAUCGGCCGCCCAAGCGUACCGCCAGUUCCGCUCGCUCGGGUUGAGCUUCCUCUGUGUGGUCUCCAAGCGUGGCGAGCUCAUGGGCGUGGUGACCAGAGACGAAAUGCAUGCGCUGGCAAUGGGGACGAUUCCUAAAGGGAGUCACGGCAGCAGCAGCAGCUACAUGGCCAAGUGAUACACAGGAUAGUGGGUCAUUGGGGUGACGCUCAAAAGUGAAACAGCUAGGCAUUUGAUUGGCUAAAAUAGAGGGGUCUCGUCGCAUGAUUAAAAUAUAGGUGGUGUUGGUCGUUUGGA